AAAAAUUGGUCCCAUAUAGAACUUAGACUCCUAACCCAGAAGUCCUCUUUUACUUUUGAUGUUGGUAUGAUAGCAUCGCAUAAUAAAAUUUACGCUAAAAUAAAAUUUACUUUGUAACGUACAAAGUUAACGCAACUCCUUUAGGAUGAAUGACUCAAUGUCCUAGUUAAGAAAUUCCGAAGCAAAGACCCAUAGUUAACCAAACCACCAACGUCAGCAUUACCUCGACUAGGAACAGGCAGAGAGCAAGUACCGUGGAGGAUGAGGAUGGUUUUCAUAGUUUUGUCGCUCUCAUUCUUCUUGAUUCUCUCGAGUGUGUCCUAUGGCUUUCCUGUACCUCGUUCGCUGCUUCAGCGCUUGUCUGAAAGCAACGAUUACUUGACCACCAAGGAGUUCUGGUUCAAUCAGAUUCUCGAUCACUAUUCUCCAUAUGAUCACCGUCAGUUUAAGCAGCGCUACUAUGAAUUUCUUGACUAUUUCAGAAUUCCAGAUGGUCCCAUUUUUUUGAAUAUUUGUGGUGAAUCUUCAUGCAACGGCAUAGCCAAUGACUACCUCAGCGUUUUGGCUAAAAAGUUUGGAGCAGCCGUUGUUUCACUUGAGCAUCGUUACUAUGGUAAAAGCACACCAUUCAAAUCAACUAAGACAAAGAAUUUGAGGUAUCUUUCAUCUAAACAGGCGCUCUUUGACUUGGCCAUUUUCCGUCAGCAUUAUCAGGAAUCCUUAAAUCUGAAGCUCAAUAGAACAAAUGUUGAAAAUCCCUGGUUUGUUUUUGGCAUAUCAUACGCUGGAGCUCUCAGUGCGUGGUUCCGUCUUAAGUUUCCACAUUUAACAUGUGGAAGUCUUGCAAGUUCUGCUGUUGUUCUUGCUGUUUACAACUUCACUGAAUUUGAUCAGCAGAUUGGUGAAUCAGCUGGUGCUAAAUGUAAAGCUGCAUUACAAGAAACUACUCGACUUGUUGAAGAAAGGCUGGCAUCAGAACAAAAUGCAGUAAAAACAUUAUUUGAUGCAGCUGAGCUUGAAAUCGAUGGUGAUUUCCUGUAUUUCCUGGCAGAUGCUGCUGUUAUAGCGUUUCAAUAUGGGAAUCCCGAUAAAUUAUGCUCCCCUCUUGUUGAAGCAAAGAAGGCUGGAGAGGAUUUAGUGGAAGCUUAUGCAAAAUAUGUUAAAGAGUACUUUAUUGGAAGUUUUGGCGCCAGCGUUCAUACAUAUAAUCAGAAAAUUUUGAAAGACACUGCUGUCACUGAAAAUAGUUCUGAUCGGUUAUGGUGGUUCCAAGUUUGCACUGAAGUUGCAUUUUUUCAAGUGGCACCCUCAAAUGACAGUAUUCGCUCCUCAAAAGUUGACACAAGAUACCAUCUGGACCUAUGUAAGAACGUGUUUGGAGAGGGCAUCUAUCCUGAGGUUAAUGUAACAAAUAUAUACUAUGGGGGCACAAAAAUUGCAGGCUCCAAAAUUGUUUUUACAAAUGGUUCCCAAGAUCCUUGGCGUCAUGCAUCAAAACAGAUUUCAUCUCCUGAUAUGCCUUCAUACGUAAUCACUUGUCAUAAUUGUGGUCAUGGUACUGAUUUGCGAGGAUGUCCCCAAGCUCCUUUGAGCCUUGAAGGUAAUGCCCAGAACUGCAGUUCCCCAGAAGCAGUUCACAAAGUAAGGCAGCAGGUCACUGAACAAAUAGACUUGUGGCUGUCUGAGUGCCAUGCCAGUGGUAGGAAUUACAUAUGAUACAAUAUAGAGCAGGGAUCCGUAAAUAUGUUUAUUGGUCAAUUAACUAACCUUUGAAUCUCGUGUGUUAACUUCUCGGCAGAUGUUAAGUAGCUCAUCUGAAGGAAUUCAAGCAGACUUCUGUAGCGUAGGUUUUGUUAUGGACUUAUGUAUCAUUUCCUCUAUAAAGGAAUUUGAUUAGAUUUCCAGAGCACCCUGUUUAGGUGUUGUUAUGGUGCAGAAUGAAAGAACACUUCUAGGCGGACCUUUUGCAUGUCCAUAUAAUCUUUACAAUCAAAAUUCCUGUUCAAGUAAUCAUUUCUGGUGCCUCCCAGGAACCAGAAACAGCCAUUCUAAUUGAUCCUUGAGGCUUUCCGUCCAA